GGACUCUUGUCAUCCCAGGACAGCGUGGCCCAGUCUGACUACGACCCCGUGUUGCCUCCUCUGCCUGACGACAUGCCCGAGGACGAGGAGGCCAUGAGGGUCAUCUGUCUGGUGAAGAACAAUCAGCCACUGGGGGCUACGAUACGGAGGGACGAGGAGACGGGAGAGAUCUAUAUCGCCAGGGUGAUUCACGGAGGACUGGCCGACCGCAGCGGACUCCUCCAUCCCGGAGAUAUGCUGGUGGAGGUGAAUGGGAACCCUGUGGUGGGCCUGGAACCAGAACAGCUAAUCCAGAUCCUGAUUAAUUCCCAGGGAACCAUCCUGUUUAAAGUGAUACCUGAUGCAGCGCAUAGCGUCGGCAGCCAGACAUCGGUGUUCAUGAAAGCGAUGGUGGACUACUGCCCCCUGCAGGACUCCUCCAGCCCGUGUCCCGAUGCGGGGAUGGAGUUCAGCAGAGGAGACGUGCUGGAGGUUGUCGACCAAUCAGACGGGCGCUGGUGGCAGGCCAGGAAGCUGCCGUGCUCUGCAGCCUGUGCCUGUCUCAUUCCCUCGGCCAGCACGUUGAAAAGCAAACUGAAGGAGCAUUGGUGGUGUCAGCCAUUACACGUCCAUACUUGCAUCAGACCCUUAUCUGUUCCAGAGGACGAUCAGACCCACGCUGAAGACAAACACACAGUCACAGAGCUGGAAGAAAUACAUUUUGAUGAAGACGACGCUGAUAUUACUGAUGGAGUCUACCUGGCUGGUUUCCGACGGAGUUUUCGUCUCUGGCAGAGGACGUCCUCCAGGAAGAGACGGCAGUCCUGCACCUCGUGCUUACCCAGCAGCGGCGCCCUGUCCACUCCCUAUGAGGAGGUGGCUCUGUACCAGCGCCCCCCACAGGAGAACCACCGCCUCAUCAUCCUCGUUGGUGCUGCGAAAGUUGGAGUUAACGAACUGAGGAAGAGACUCAUCAAAUUAAACCCAUUGACGUUCCAAGGACCCGUACCUCACACCUCUCGUCCAAUCAGAGCAGGGGAGCAGAUGGGAAGAGAGUACCACUUUGUCACCAAAGAGCUGUUUGAGUACAUGGUCUGUAACCACAGGUUUGUGGAGUUUGGCGAGUAUAAAGGCCACCUGUACGGGACCAGCACCGAUGCUAUUGAAGAGGUUCUGAAACGAGGACGGGUGUGCAUCAUUGAUGUUGAACCACACAGUAUCCAGUCGCUGCGGACAAAGAAACUGAAGCCCUACGUGAUCUUCAUCAAAGCGCCGAGUCCGGACAGACUGAGACAAACCCGGAGAGAAGCCCGAAUCCUCACCAACUGCACCAUCAACAGAGCCUUCACAGAGGAAGACUUCGUGGAGCUGGAGGAGGCGUCCCAGCUGAUGGAGGCAACGUACAAACAGCUGUUCGACGGCUUGCUGGUGAACGACGACCUGCAGGACGCCUGCAUGCAGCUCUGCUCCAUCAUCCAGGCAGCGCAGGACGAACCACAGUGGAUCCCCGUCGGCUGGAGCCAGACGGAUGAGUAACGAGACGAAGGAAAGAAGAGAAUAAGAAGGAGAGGAAAGGAUGAGGAUAUCAAGACUUUGAGUGGGAAUAACAAAAGAUGAAAGACGUAGAUGCGCUGGCUGAAACGGGACAAAACUAAUAACUAACUGACUGAUCACACUUUCUCACGUUACCUCAUUGCUACUGUUAAACGCUGCACUUUAAAGUUUAUUUCAAUGAAACUUUUGGAUACUAUGUAUGGUCAAUAUUUUUAAACGUAAUAUAAUUUAAUGUAUGUACAUUUAGGGACAAUCAAAAUAACUUCAAAGUUCCCAUGAACUUCUAGGUAGAAACCUCCUGCGUCCCCUACUUAAAAUGUAAUACCGCUAAGCUAACGGUUUCAAGAAACUUACAAGAACACUUACGCCUGAAAAUUACAACAGAAAUAAACUAGUUUGCAAUAAAUAUACUGUAUACAGUAUAUGUAUUUUACAAACUAGUUUAUAUAUUUAAUAUAUAUAUAUAUAAAUACAUAUAUGUAUACUUUUACUUUUGGUUAUUUGAAAGGUCCCAUAUUCUGCUCAUUUUCAGGUUCAUAGCUGUAUUUUGAGGUUGUACCAGAAUAGGUUUCCAUUGUUUCAUUUUAAAAAAACACCAUAUUUUUGUGACAUUGCUGCAGAUCCUGUUUUCACCCUUUGUGUUUAAGUCUCUGUUUUAGCUCCAGAGUGAGACAUCUCCCUAGUUUUAUCUACAGAGCGAGACAUUUCACUUUUACACUUUGUUGGAAGCCGCACAUGAAACCGUAUCUCACUCAAAACAUCAUGGAUGAUUUUUUCCAAUUGUGUAUGCGUGUGGAAGCACCAGAGACCCAAAAACAACCCCCCAAAUCCUAGAAAAAUGAUUUUCCUUCAUAAUAUGGGCACUUUGAAGCUGUUACUUUUUUACUUUAGCUAUUUUUUUUAAUCCAUGACUUUAUCUAAUAACUAAGUAUUUUUACUCUGUGGUACUUUUACUUCUUUUUGUUUGUUUUUCUGUCAUAAAAGUCAAAUCUAACUUUGUAAUACAAAACAAAGUUUAUGACAGUUUAACUUAAACUUCAUUAUCUCAUUUAAUCUAUUCAUCAAAGUGUUCAUUUGUGUUUUGGAUUAGUAUCUUAACGUGGUUUUGAUUGUAAUUAUUUAAGAAAAGGAAUAAAAUACUAUUCACAAAUAUAGAAUUAUUUGUCACUUUAAAGAAAACAAGAGUCAGUAAGUCAGGACGUGACACUGUUUGUGACAAUAUUUCUUUGUUUUUAAAUGCUUAUUGAUUGUAUAACAAAGGUAAUCCAAUGAAUAAAGAACCCAACACACUUUUGUAUCGCAGAACGUUCUGACAACAUUUGGACAUUUUGGAUGAGAAUAUUGUCACCACUCAUGUCUGGUAGGUGGACGUUCCUCCCGGUUUCCGGUCUUAAUGCUAAGCUAAGCUAAUGUCUGCUCGAAGGAGGUUUAUAUUUAGUAUACAGACAUUAGUUGAAUUGAUCUGAACAUCAAGUCUCAGA